GACAAAAAUACCAUGACAACAUGACUUGUCAAAUAAGGCAUGGAAAAUGCAUCAUCAGUCACCAUUGGCUGUUGUUACGUUCCUUGUUAUUGGCUGGUGGCCUAGGAAGGAAAACAGCUUGAAUAGAGAAUAAUCCUUCCUGGUUUCUAUGGCAAGCGAAAAAAGGUCAGAAUGCUGGCAUUGCAAAUGUUUACUGUGCAGUUCCAUUUUGAGCUGCAGCUUUGCAUUGUACAGCAUGCUGUUUUAUGAGCUGGCAAUGCUGAAGGAGGUGUAGAAUGUGUGUGGCUGAAGGCAUGUUAGAGAAGGGAGAUCAAUAGUUAAAUUGUAGGAAUAAACUCCUUAUCAUAGAUUCUGCUUGACGGUACAGUAUUUUAUGGACCCUUAUUUGCAAUCUGUAUUUUAGAAUGUUUCACACCCGUCCACCCACCCAUUCAUCCACAUUUAAUCUGUGUUUUUCUUGUAUUUAAAAGUGUUGGAUCAUAUCAGCUUCCAUAUAAUUACAGCUCAGAUUUGCUAGUGUUCCAUGUAGUAUAAAUGAUUCAUUCCAUCUGCUGUGGCCAGUAUGACUCACAUCAUGCUCAGCCGUAGUUGGAAUUAGUCUAGCAUAUUUUAUUUCAGAUAUAAGGUAAAGAACCAUCAAAUUGGGUAAUAGUACCAACCCCUGGAUGCUGGGCAAAUGUAACAUUCCCAGGACGUUCUUGAAAACCAGAGUAAUUUGAAAGUACCAUUCCUGGUUAAAUACUUUAUUAUUAUUAUUAUUAUUAUUAUUAUUAUUAAAGGAACACACUGUAGGAACGGUUACCACUUUAACUGAUUGAAGUUGAUAUAAUUCUUGAGUCAGUGGGCGCUGCAUCCCACAUCGAUACUAAACAUUUAAUCAGUUCCAACUCUUAUACUGUAAUACUGGUGGUAGGUGCCUGUUGAACCCCACAUAAGAAGUCAAACCAUUAGCAAUCGGUUUGACUACUUACAUCAGGUUGGGGGGAAGGCAUUUCUGGUACUAUAAACACUAAAGCACAAGUAAGGGGAAACGAGGAAAUACACUAAAAAGAGUGAAUUUACAUCAUUUAUAUUACAAAAUGGUAUACACGGAGGCUAUAAGAAUGCACUCUUUUAUUAUUAGUAAUAAUAAAAAUGCUGACAGAUUUCCUAAAUAUUUAGGUGUAUAUUAUUUUAAUUUGUACUUUCUGCUAUAUGACGAAACGUUACUUUGAUGACAAUAUGUUUUUCUAUUUCAUUGUUUCCCAUCCUUUCUUUAACCAAGGCCUCGAUUUUAGUAUUUUUGGAUAAACAUUUAAAAUGAUUGAAUCCGUUGAGAAAUAUUUUAAUAUUCUGAGAUUAGUUUGAUAUAUUGAUUUUUUAUGGAUAUGAUAUAUUUUUUAGAUAUUUUAAUAUUUUGAAAAAAUAAUUUUAAAAGUGUAUUCAAAUAUAUUACAUCACUUGAGUAGAUUAUCCAGAAGUAUUAAACCGAGGCCCGUGUUUUACAAGUCGAUGUUUCUCACAGCUUCUCGUAUUGGUUUCUUUUCAAACAUAAUGUCCUUGUAGCAUCAGUUUGCAGUGAAUCCCAUCUGUAUUGAUGUUUCAAAGAUAAUUAACUCAUUAAACGAACACUCUCAUGACCAUAACCAAUGCACUAUAUAGGUCAGGCAUAAGCAACGUUCAGCACUGCAGAUGUUUUGGACUACACCUCCCAUGAUGCUUUGCCAGCAUUAUGUGUGUAAGAGCAUUGUGGGGGAGGUAGUCCACAACAUCUGGAGUGCUGUAGGUUGCCUAUCCCUGGUAAAGGUGAUGUGCUGCACACAAGAAAAAAUACAAUGGAGUACUGUGGUAGAGGUCAGCAAACCCCAAAACAAAAAGCUAUAAACAGAUGUUCACAGACAUCACUCUGUAUCUCUGAAACAGCAAUGAUUUUUGCAGGACCUAAAUGGCAGGGCCACUGGACCACUAUAGUGGUACUUUAAAAAAAAAAAAAUACAAAAAACAUAUUCUAAUGAAGUCUUUAACUUUAAAUCUUUAAUACUUUUUUUUACAUGUUUACCUUUUACUGUUUAGAAAAUCUUCCCUGUGAGUUUCAGCUGCACCGUCUGGCAAAUUUAUAGCUACAAUAAUGAAAAGCAAUAUAUGUAUAUAUGCCUGUUUUAUAGGAUCCUAAGAUAACUUUUCACCAACAUAAAUGGUUUAUUUAAGAUCAAUCUUUAAUAAAAAUCAAUUUGUCUUUACCCUUUCAUAAAUGUAAAGAAACAUUUAUCUUCCUGGUGAAUGUGUUUGGAAUGUUAAUCGAAUGUCAUUUUUUUAGAACAAAAUGAAGCACCUAAACUUGUCUUUUGCUGCCUGUGGCUUUCUGGGAAUAUACCACUUGGGGGCAGCAACAGCUCUGCUAAAACAUGGACAAAGACUGCUCAAAACUGUCAAGUUCUUUGCUGGGGCUUCUGCAGGAUCCCUUGUUGCUACCCUUCUGUUAACCGCUCCAGACAAAUUAAAGGUAAUUAAAAGUGUAAUCGGAAAGCUAAAAGAGAUUUCAUAUUGUGUAUGGAGUGGGCCGAUAAUCUUUAGAUAAGGAUUAUCACACUUCCAAUCGUCUUAUCAGCUAUAGUGAUAUCUUAGUUGGUGUUGUCUUUUUACGAAGUACAAUAUACUAUAAAAACAGAUUAUGCAAACUAUUACUAUAUAAAAAUAACAUAUAUAUAGUAUGAUUUAUGCUGCACAAAUAUCUGAUUAGUGAUCACAAUUUUAACCAGUUUAUACAAAAUUUAAAGGGACACUCCAGGCACCAAUGCAACAUCAUCUACAUAAAUAAAGUUGUUGUAUUGCCUGGGGGCACUUGUACCUCAAGGGGUUAAACCGCUCGAGAAAAUGUUGCCUCCUGCGGCAAUCUCCACUCCUUUCCUGGUGACACCCAGCUUUGAAUUUUCAGAUUCAGAAAGCGCUGGUUGACUGAGAGCAUUCAGCUGACUCUCUCAGCCAAUCAGUGACUCCCCAUUCACUACACUGACUUUGAAAGAAACAUACCUUUCUAAAGCCAGUUUAGUGAAUGGGGAGUCAUUGUUUGGCUGAGAGUAUUGGCUGACCGUUUGUUGUUUUAGUACCUGGAGUGUUCGUUAAAAGCGCAACCCCCAACAGUACCACAUCAGUAUUUUCUGCACUUAAAUGGACAUUUAAGCCUUUGAGCACUCCUGUUUGUAUGAAACUGUUUUCAAUUGGUCUCAGAAACGCCUGGGCUUUCCAGGUACAAUAUAAAUUAGAUGAAGUAUUUUGAACAGUACAGGAUCAUUUUGUGCUGAUGGUCCCCAACUCUAUUGUACCAAUGCACACUUAAAGGAUGACUAUAGGGUCAGGUAGACAAACAUGUAUUCCUAACCCUAUAGGGAUAAAACCACCAUCUAGUUCCCCUGGCCCUCUCUUGCCUCCCUAAAUAUAGUAAAAUCUUACUUGUAUUCAAGCCUGAAGCUGCUGGCUUUGUCCCAGUUUCCUUUUGAUCUGCCCACUGCCUGCUGACAUCAUCAGAAGUGGUGGCCUGAUCCAAUCACAAUGCUUCUCCAUAGGUUUGGCUGAGAGUGACAAGGAGACAGAUCAGGGGCAGAGCCAGCACAAUUCAAACACAGCCCUGGCCAAUCAGCAUCUCCUCAUAGAGCUGAAUUGAAUCAAUGAAUCUCUAUGAGGAAAGUUCAGUGUCUGCAUGCAGAGGGAGAAGACACUGAAUGUUUGGAUGCAUUUUAGGCAGCCAUGACCCAAGAGGGAUCUCUAACAGCCAUCUGAGUGGCCAGUGAAGUUAUCCCUAGGCUGUAAUGUAAACACUGCAUUUUCUCUGAAAAGACAGUGUUUACAGCAAAAAGCCUGAAGGUAAUGAUUCUACUCACCAGAACAAAUGCAAUAAGCUGUAGUUAUUAUGGUGACUAUAGUGUCCCUUUAAGCAUUCUUGUUUUUCUUUUUUCUUAACAUCAGGUUAUAAAUGUCACAUUAACCAUCCAAAUGAUGCUGUUGUAAUGCCUUGUGGAAUGUCAUGAUCAUUUAUGUUUAAGGGACAGUGUGCACACAUAUGGCCACAUAUAUAUGCAUUCUGCACAAGUGCUCAGUUUGAAGGAGACUGUAAAAUCAACUACAUGCCAAGAAAUCUUUAUGCUGUUGCCAGAAAUAAUGUCUGACAUUAUGGCCAUCAUAAUAGUAAGACCAAUAUUAAACAAUGAAAACCAUUGAUUUAAACCUAUUCUCCAACUUAGCAUUAGCAAUAGCAUUAAACUGUGAAGUACCAUUCACAAGCAUGAAUCCCUUUAUACUAUUUCUGAUAGCAGUAUCACCAACUGAAUGGCCUAGCAGUCAUUGGAGACCAGGUGGCAGACUGCUAGGAACCAAGUAUAUCUGCUAAACAGUGGAAAAACCAUUAAACAUCUGGCUAUAAAUUAUUAUGUUCACACACAUAUGAGAAAAACAAAUGGAAAAUUUGCACAUAUUUUCAGGUCGUUGCUCUGCCUCCUCCGAUGUCAUUAGGCCCUCCCUAUAGUAAAUCUUUGCUUCAAUGCUUUCCUAUUGGGAUUUUACUGAAGCUGUAUGUGCUCAUGCAGAGCAUAAGGAUGUCCAGUGUCAGUUAGGCUACUAAAAGCUGGUUAGUCACCACUAAGUGCCUCUAAUGAAUUUCUGAUUGACAGCCACUAGAGGCAGUCUCUAAAACUGCAAUGAGUUACAUUGCAGGACUAAGAGGGACAGGGACACUGCAACCAGACCACUUCAAUGAGCUAAAGUGGCCUGGGUGCCUGUUGUGUCACUUUGGGCAGAGCUGCCAGCCGAUUUGGAUAAAUCCUCGUUCCAUAAGUGCCACUUGUUUGGCAUAACAAAAUCAUCUGUCAUUAGAUAGAGCCAUGGGACAAACAAUUAGAUCUAAUAAAUAAUUUUAGCUACAAAGCUGCAAAAUGUGACAUAAUGAUUUGAAAUAUAGAGAAAUAAAUCGGGUUUCUUAAUUGUAAAAUGUUCUCUCAUUUAGUGUGUCUUGGUCUAAAAAGUACCACUGACAUAUAGUAUAUACAGUAUAUUCCUACAUUUUUGAUGACAAAAAAAACUUGAUCUAGCGUAGUUUGAAUGGGUAACUUAUUUACAAGUAGUGGAUUUUUGUAUAAUAUUCAAAUAUGUGAUGAGUUUCUUAUAAUGACAAGUUAAUGUAUCAUGAAAGGACAAAAUCAUUAUUGUCCCUUCUUUAAAUUUAGACUCAGUCUAUGUAUGAUGAGGUUUAUACCAGGAACUUCAUAUAAUAUCUGUAAUUCAGUUUUUUUUUUGCAGCUGAAUUAUGGUGAGAACAUUUCUGUCAACUUGACUGUUGGAUUUAAGAUAUUAAAUGAGAUCACUUUUUUUGUAAUAUGUUCACAAUAAGUGAAAAAUCUUUUUCUAUUGUUCACCCAUUUCUCUACCGGAAUUUUAAAUUUUAGCUUUGUGUAGAUUUUCUACAGGUGCAUGGAAAAUUUGUAGACCAAUAUAUUUUAAGAGGCAUACCAAAUAUGCCCGAAUGCACAACAUUGUUAUUACUAAUAUUAGUGUCAUUCUUUUUGCAUGAACUAAAAAUGUGGAGACCAAAAUAUUUGUCAUUCUUAUUAUCAUUAUUGUCAUUCUUUUUGCAUGAACUAAAAUUUUGUAGACCAACAUAUUUUAAGAGGCCUACCAAAUAUGCCCGAAUGUACGACAUUAUUAUUACUAGUAUUAUUGUCAUUCUUUUUGCAUGAACUAAGUGACAUUAACACAUACUACAUUUUAUCUGUGUAGAUCGUUAAUGUUUUUUUGCUAUUUUAGGAAAGCAAGGAUUUUGUCUACGAAUUUUCAGAAGAUGUUAGAAAGCAAACCCUCGGAGCGGUUACACCAAGAUAUGAUUUUAUGGAGCACUUAAGGUACACGUUUCAAUGCAGUUUAAACCAUUGCAAGCAAGACAAAGAUACAUAUUCAAGUGGGAAUCCACAAUUAUAUGUAAACUUUGGAGACGAUCCUUACGUGUACAAAAAUGAAAUAAAAAUAAAAUCCUUAUAGACUUAAACAUACCAUAAGAUUGUCUGCCUUAAAAAGUAGUAGGAUUCACAUCACUUCUUAAAAUAUUUAUUGUGUGUUGAAUAAUUAAAUUUGAAUAAUGUGUAUCAUUUCUUUGCCAUAGGGGAGGCAUAGAAUCUAUUCUUCCUUGUAAUGCUCACGAGAUAGCUGAAAACCAGCUCUACAUAUCCAUCACGAACACCAAGAGCAGAGAAAAUCUCUUAGUUUCACAUUUUGCCUCCAGAGAGGAUCUCAUUAAGGUAACAAUGUUGCAGUUCGAUUUGGCAAAUGGAAAUAUAUAGUGUGCUUUUAAUUUAAAGAGCUUAAGGUGAUAGUCUUAUGAGUGAUCCACCCGCUAAAAUGUCGGCAUUUCUUAAUUUUGUUGUCUUGGGGUGUGUUGCACAUUUUAUGUUCUUAAUAAGUGUUGGUCCCUUUGGAAAUUAAUAUUUUGGCUUUUCAGUAAAUUUUCAGUAAAUAUGUAAGUAAUAGGGUUAUAAGUGAAAAGUGCAUUCCACCAUGGAAAGCUAGAAAUUAGCGCAAAUGCUAACACAAAUUGAACAGUUAUUAUUAUAAAAAUGACAGUAACAUAUUUGCUGUUGAACACAGUGAGAUUUCAGAUGCAUUUACCUUCUACCAUGUAUAUUGUGCAUUUUCCAUUAGUUCAAUCUAGUUUUAAAACCACCACUAUCCCAUUUUUACAGGGACAUCAGAAAAAAUUUAAAUUGAAGAAAAGAAUGCGUAACUUUCUCACCUUAACAACAGUUGUAUGUAUGACUAAUUAGAAAGGAACAUUCUUAGCACUAGAACAAUUACAGCUUAAUGUAGUGGUUUUGGUACAAAUAAACUGUCCCUGUAGGUUAUGCACUGUAAGCACCAUCUUUUCUGUGAAAAGGCAGUGCUUGUAUUGUUUCCUAAGGGCAGCCAUUAGAGAUGGUCAUCGAUAAUGCUACUUCCAAUUGGUGCCAUGCAAACCAGUAGAACGCAAAACCUUCUAGACAUUUGGCUGGGAAGUCAUCAUUGUUAAAGGUAAAAAUGGACAUUGGAUAGAAUAUUUUCUUACAUAACAAGAAUCCUCAUUAAACCCCUUAAGGACACAGUUUCAGAAAUAAAACGGAAUCAUGACGGCAAAUUUCUGUCAUGUGUCGUUAAGGGUUUUUUAAAAGAGAGUACGUAAAGGAUAGAUGAGUGUACCAAUUCAAAGCAACUUGAGUCUUUGGAUGUCAAAAGGUUUGUAUGCAAUGCUUUACACGCGGGUGGGAUAAUUAUCAGUCUGGAUCAGGCUAGUGGGUCACAAGUAUGUUUUCCUGGCACUAUAGUGGUCCUUUAACUGUGAUCGUCAUAAUACUGUUAGCUUUUACUGCAAAAAAAUACACAUAUUUGUAUUCAGAGAUGUCUCACGUGUAAAACAGUACCCCUAUGUACAGGUUUUAUGGUGUUUUGGGAAGUUACAGGGUCAAAUAUAGCAUGUUACAUUUUUCAGUUCUUUCACAUUAAAAUUCGCCAGAUUGGUUACGUUGCCUUUAAGACCAUAUGGUAGCCCAGGAAUGAGAAUUACGCCCAUGAUGGCAUACCACUUGCAAUAGUAGACAACCCAAGGUACUGAAAAUGGGGUAUGUCAGGUUUUUUUUAGUACAGUAAAAAUGAAAAUCCAGCACACUCACUCUACUAAACAGUUAUUUUAGUGCUGAACAAUUUUGUUAGUUUUAUUAAAAACACCUAAUCUAGGCAAAAAAUAAUGGGGGUUUAGUUACAGUAUAUGAUCAUACAUUGCAUAAGCCUGCCACAAUGCCAAUGUACCCCAUCUUUGGCAGGUCCUACUCUGUCUGCUAAAUGAGCUACUCACUUGGGGAAAUCGUUCCAUCUCGAGUUCUCUGCAGUACAAGGCUUAAAUAGGGUCCUGAGAUGAGGCACCUGUAACAGGGAGGGGUGCAAAACCAAGGAGCUGGCUAGACUCCUAAAGAAAUACAUAUAGGAGAAAACAAGGGUUUGGCUUAUGCAAUGUAUGAUCAUAUACUGUAUCUAAACCCCCAUUAUUUUUGCCUAGAUUAGGUGUUUUUAAUAAAACUAACAAAAUUGUUCAGCACUAAAAUAACUGCUUAGUAGAUAAGUGAGUGCGCUGGAUUUUCAUUUUUACUGUACUUAUUGGCCCCCAGCAGCACCCCAUUUAAAUAUGUUUACAUGAGUGCAGACAAACCUUCGUUUUCUCCUAUAGGUUUUUUUUAGUAGCCACUUAGUCACAAACACUGGCCAAAGUUAGCGUUUAUAUUUGUUUGUGUGUGAAAAAUGCAAAAAACUAAUUUCAACUGCAAUUUUGGCCAGUGUUUGUGACUAGGUGGCUACUAAAAAGACUGGACAUAACCCACUUGCAACACCUUGGUUUGUCUACUUUUGCAAAUGGUAUGCGAUCAUGGGGGUAGUUCUCAUUCCUGGGCUACCAUACAGUCUCAAAGGCAACGUAACCAAUCUAUAUUUGUAAUUAAUAAAAUGACUUAAUUAUGUAAAAAUAUUACAUAAAUAUAUACGUAGAAUAAAAAAAAAAAAAAAUAUAUAUAUAUAUAUAUGAUCUAAGUAUAUAUUAUUUUAUUUUACACAGUUUUUAACCUUUAAUUUACUAUAUUACAGGCAGCAGGGGGACUACCUAUCAUUCCAGGCACUCCCCCUGCUGGCACUGCUAUGGACGGCUAUUCUGUUCAUGUGAUCAUGAGGUCCUCGCAAGGACCUCAUGAUCACAUGGCCCAGGAGGGCCGGAUCAGACGCAGGGGGACUGUCUGGGAUGCCAGACAAGUCCCCCCAUCGUGAUCGUCGGUGGGGGAUUGCCAGUGAGCAGGUCGUACUAGGCCGCCCACCGGUGUUUAGAGCCGGGUCCCCAAGGACGGCAUAGCAAGCACGCCGUCCUUAAGAUGUUAUUGUAAUGAAUACAAACCCAUAAGAAAAGUCGACAAAUCCUACACUGCUUCAAUCAACAUCUUCUCAUAUAGAUGCAUUGACUCAAUGCUUUUUUGGGGGGGGAUGUCUCAGAGUGAACGCCACUAAAGGUGUCGUAAGGCACCAACCUAAGCACUGUCUUUUCUUACUCCCUUUUUUACAUUGCUAAGACAGGAGGGACAGUCUCUUUGCCAUAUAACUACUACAUUAAGCUGUAGUGGUUCUGGUAAUUAGAGUGUCACUAAAGAAUCAUUCAAAAUUUCAAACACAUUUUGGCCUCAACUUAAAAUUUCUGAAUAUGCUUUUCAAAAUGAUUUAUGUUUUUAGAUAAACUUUUAAAAUUAUUUUUUUUUUUCAAAAUAUUAAAACUUUAAAAUAUCACAAAAUAGCUAAAUGUUACAAAGUAUUUUUUUUCCAGAAUUUUAAAUAAUUUAUUUAAACUUUAGCCUGCAUAGCAUAAUUACAUUACUUUUAGUCACCCUAUAAUUUUUUUACAUUUUUUUCAAUUACUUUUAACUUCAUCCUCGGCUAGCUAUACUUUGUAUAUCCUGAGCAAAUUGCAUAUUUUCUCAACUUUAUGUCUUGUCCAUUAUACUAAAGUUUAGUUUUACCAACUCUGCUCCAUAUAUUUGGCUUGUUAUUUAUUUGUUUCAUUCCCAUACAUUCAUGUCACAUAGUGUUUGUAUGGGAUCCUUAUAGUUAAAGCGGCACGUUCACCUUCAAAUGUGGACAUCACCACUUAGAGUACGGUGACCCAAGGGUGCAACAGCAAUGAGUUACUUAAAUAAUGCUACUUAAUGCUGUCCUCUACGGGUGCCACCGUCGUGUACAAUCUUCAGCUCAUGUCACUUCACCCUCCAGGAGCCCAUGUCAGUGCUGUACUCUCAUGUAUGCAUCCUGCGACCACAUUGGAGCCUAUACAGUUCUGAAUCUUGCAGUGAGCUGUCAGAGACUGUUAAGAAUGAGACUGUCCAGCAACAGCAUGUACUCGCUAGAUCACCUAAAUCACUUUGUGUAAAACUUUUAAUGGAGGUCCUUUGGCUGUCCCAGGUUGAUAGGCUAUCCCUGCGAUUGC